GGUGAAUUUCAUCAGUGAAAGGAACUGGAUAUGAUUGUUCCUGCUGGUAGAACUUCUCUUGAUGCCCGUUCUUUUAUUUUAAAACGUGUCCAUGAUCAAGACAGUGUAUUUAUAAACUUGAAACAAACAAUAUUGUAUAUAUAUUCACAACAAGUUCCCAUCAGCAUCAUCUUGGCCGACAUUGAAGCUGCAUUUUGA